CACAGCAAACAAACGAGACAUGUACACGAGAUGAGAGUGAAAUUCCAUAGACGUAGGCAAGGAAAACAGGUGUCUACAAAAUUAUGAAAGCUGACAACGUUGUCAUUUUGUAUUUAUAAAACUGUGCAAAAUGCCUAUAAUUAAAGUUCCAGUUGUCCAUAAUUUGGGUAUAAUUUCCCAAACACACAAAGAGGAUUUGCAAAAAAGACUUUUCAAAAAAGCUCAGGAAAUAACAAUCACAACCAAUUCAAAGGCUACCAGAAACCCAUUUGAAAUAACAGAGGAGUUUAUCAGAAAGUACAACAAUUCCCAUGGCUCUGAGGAACAAGAAAAGUAUAAUGAGCUGGCACGACAACUACUUAGCCGAAGCAAGCGCAGAGCUGGACUGAAAUGCAUGGGUGAGGGCUACCACGUUCAGCUUCCUCUGGCAUGGGCAGAGCUGCUGUUGCUUGGUUUGUGCCGUGGUAAAAUUCAAAAUGACAGACAUUGUGUUACCUCUUUAGAUUCCCUGGAUUCCCUUCUGAUGUCACUGGACCAUGCUCCAGUGCAUGCAGAACAGAUUCCCGCCCUCUUUUACCUUGGAGAGUCAGUCUUGUACUGGGUCUGUACUGAUACGUCCCAGAAGCCCAAUUUGUACACCUGCGAAGUGAAAAUACUGAAGCUGGGAUAUUUGGUCUUCUUGAGACUAUUUCUCUUUCACAUCUCUGGAAACCUGAGUGGAUACCAAAGAAGCAAAUCCCAUCUUCACGUUUUUUUAAAAGCUCUGUCUCAGUGUGAGCCAUGCUACCAACCGUAUCCAAACAUCUUACUCUCAGUGCACUUCAUGUUACGUUCAGGGGAGAUCAUUUGUGGACUGGAACCUUUUGAAGAUGAUUCAGCAUCAGCUCAGGCAGACUGUCAGGAGUAUGACAUGAACCAGGUGCUCUGGCAUUGUCUUCUCAGUUGGUACUGCGUACAAAACAAUGUCCGCCAGCUCUCCCAAGUGGCACAGCACCUCAUCAUGCUGAGAGAGGAGCUGCAGAAAGAAAACUGGGUGGACUGUGCUUUGGGAUUAAUGGUUCUGGGUGAGGCUGCAAAGUCCAGCUUGUUGUGCCUUCAGAUGUUGAUGAGUCUCCACAUCAACCCAAAGACAGAGCAGGAUGGGAUUAUAGAAGAAAACGAAGGUAUGUCUCAGAGUGGUUGCUGGCCAUGGCAGUUGGAACACAUCUAUACCACUGUGUUAGCAGACAUAUGCCAGCAUAGCAGCAAUGCAGAGAUACAGAAAACAGCUCUGCUGGGCAGUCAAACCCCUCCAGGAUAUCACAAUACUGAUGGACUGCUUAAACUUCUGAACCACUCUGGCGCCGAGGCCUGGCAGCUGCGCUACAGUGCUGUUCAGGCGUUGGUGUGCAUAUGCCGAGGGCUCAGCGGAGCUGUGUUGCAGGAGGGGCUGAGGAAUGUGGCCUGGAUCACUCUGCAGGAACACCUGUGCCAAGAGACUGACCAAAGAGUCGGAGAUGCCGCGCGGGUUAUAGAGGCUGAAAUGAAUGUUUCAGAGAGCAGUCUUCUCAGUGAGGGAGGGAAGCCAUCAUCAUCUACCUCUGCUUCUAGCGUACCCGCUAGUCUACCUGGCCAACUGAUCACCUGGAGGUUAGCAUGUACCCUCUCACAGCUCUACCUUCCCCCCACGCCUCUCCAGCUCACCCCCUACACCAAGGCCAAGAAGAAACCACCACCUCCCUCCAACAGGCCUAGGCUGGAAGCCUGUUCUCCACUGCCUAAAGAAACACUCCCUGGCCCUGCCAGUAAGACGCAGCAUCCAACCAGACAUCCAGAGGAAUAUCACAGUGCCCCGGGAAAAAGUAAGAAACAUCAAACUUACAUGGACUUCAAUGCACGUACAGAUGUUGACUUGAUGAGAGUUGUGGAGGACCAGUGGCAAAAAGAACUACAGAUCAAAAUGGCAGAGGAGGAAGAUGCUGAACAAAAUGAAUUAGAGAAAGUACAAAAGGAACAAGAGGAACAAUUCAAAGAGAUUAUGAGGAGGCGGGUGGAGAAAGUCAAGAAGGACACCAAACCAUAUGAGCUGCCUGAAUAUCAACAAACGGGAGGUCAAAUCUGAAUCUGAAAGAGACAUACAUGACUUGUGCUAUGCACUUUGUUAUAAUACUGAUCCAAAAACAUUUUUACCAUGGUGAUUGCAUCUAGCAUUAUUUUGGAGGGAAUAGUGUCUUUACAACAAGUGCAAAUGGUUUUAUGCACUUUAUUUCAUUUAAUUGGCCAAGGUAACUUGGGUUUCAUCCUUUUUUAAUCUCACAUUAUAUUUACAGAAAGAUAGAAAAAAAAAACGGACAAAAUGUGACUCUUAGCGAGUAACAUUGGUAGACAUUUGUGUGAACAUUCCAAGUGAACUCGCAGUGCAGUUUCCCUUUACCUGCAAGUGAUUGAAUGGAACAAAACAUCUGACUUGUGUGCUCUACCAAGAGGAGCCUCACAAAACGACAGUAGAGUUGGCGUAAGUGAGGACGUUGCACAUCUCUGUUGAAGCAGUAGAUAUACUGCACUGAGGUUAUCAUAAGAUGUGAUUUAAAAAAAAGUAAAAAAAUGUGAUAGCUGUGUAAAGCAACAUAAAAUGUUUUAUCACUCACCACAGUACAUAUACAGUGGGGAGAACAAGUAUUUGAUACACAGCCCAUUUUGCAGGUUUUCCUACUUACAAAGCAUGUAGAGGUCUGUAAUUUUUAUUAUAGG